AUGAAUUCGAAACAAUUGACGUGCUGGAAACAAUUCUACUAUAAACUUAAUAAACUGAAUGUCAACUAUGCUGAUGAGUCAAUUGAAUCUAUGAUAUACGAUGGUUUGGAUGAUUUGAAAAAAGGCAUACUCAAAUUUAAAUUUCAUGCUUCAUCAAGAUUAGUGUUUUAUAAAAAUGAUAAAUCAGAUACAGAAUACUUAUAUCCCAUAUUAUCCCAAUUACUUUUUAUUAACGAGCAAGACGCUAAAAUUGUUUACAACAAAUAUAACGAGUUUGUUUGUCAAAAUGAAUUGAAUACAUCUGUGACUGAACAUGAAUUACAUAAUCUCUGUGUAGAUAUUUGGAAGUUUUAUAAUGAAGAAGUGUUAUUUUUAUUUCGUUCAUUAAAAUUUAUUCUCACUGCUGCAGAAAAUCAAAACUGUCAUUAUUCUGCUAUAUGUAAGAAAAUUGUCCGUAAACAAAACUGGAAAGAUUGGUAUAUUUCUCUACGAGAGCAAUUAUCAUAUGUUCGUUCAUUGACAUUUUUUGAUUCUAUAGUUUAUAAACCGCUUCAAAAAAUUAUACACAAUAAUUUGUUAACAUAUGUUUUAAAUCAACAAAUUGAAAUUUUGCAAUUGAUGGUGCUAACUUCACUCAGAAUGGAUCAAAUCACAAAAGAUGAUUUUAAUAUGUGGAUUACUAAUCUCAUUGAUAAUAACUUUGGAAAAAAUCAAACAUUGGAGUAUGAUUAUAAUAACUUACAAACUAUAUAUUAUUCCUUUAUGAGUCAGAUCUCAAGUUUAGAGACACUACAUUCAUUACAAAUCAUUGCAUUAUUUUGGGAGAAAGAGAACUAUAUCUGGUCAACUAAUAUAGAAUUCAAUGAAGCUGAUAAAAUUAUUCAGAUGAUCCAACCUAGCAGUGAAUAUGGUGUUGUGCUGAUGGGUUGGACACUCCUCCACCUUAAAGGAAAAUUUGGGAAAAAAAAUAUUCAAAAUUUAGAAGGUUAUACUGAAGUCAUGAGUGAAUUAAAAAUGUGGCCAUCUUUAUUAGAAAUGUGUCAAUCACCAGCUGUUAAAGAUCAUCCAAUAAUAGACAAACUAGGAAGAGUCUUAUGUGAAAACCUUAUCAUUGAAAGUAUUGAAUUGGAUGUAUUUGAAUUGGUUGACUAUGAUUCAAUUAUUAUUAAGCUUUUGUCUUAUUUAUUAAAAAGAAACCCUAGAUUAUCAAUAGACACAAUAGAUAACUUAAAAAGUGGUGUUGGUUUGUUUGUAAAAAAAUUUAUAGAAAUGUAUCCUGUUGAUUUAUAUAGCUUAUUUGAACUCUUUACCGGCAUCAUAAAAGGAGCACCACAAAGUUUAAAUAAAAUUUGGAAUCUGAUGAAUAGUAUUAAUUCAUUUACUGCUGUUUCUCCACCUGAUGGACAGUAUAUUUAUGAACACGAAACAGACACAUUUUUAUUAACUGAUCAAUAUUAUGUAAAUGACUCAAUUUAUAGCAUUGAAAUUCCUAAAAACACUAGGUUUAUUCUUAAUGGAGACAUGGUCCGCUUCAACAUCAAAGUGCCGUUAUUCUAUUUUUUAAACUCAGCAAUUAACAACUUCCGAAUGUGUCGUGAUGAGGAUCGUAAGACUUCUUCUUAUAUUAGUACUAAACAAAUACUUAUCAAUUCUAUUAAAAUUAUUCAAUCUAUUGCAAAUGUUGCGACAUCUUUAAAUGAUGAUAUUAUGGGAACUUGUGAAACUCUGUUGACACUUGUACCAAGUGUAUCUUAUAUUGAUUCAAAUUAUGUGGCUGAUCCAGAAGUCGUGUCUGAAAUAUUAAAAUUAGCAAGAUGUAUACUUGUUUACUUCCCUGAACAAACAAUGUGUUACUUUAAUGCCAAUAAUUUUUUCCCUUUUUUAACGAGUGGUCUCGAAGAUUCUGCCGUAAAUUUACAUCCUUUCUCUCAAAAUUCUAUUGCAUUAAUGAUUCUGAAAUAUGGAUCUGAAGUGUAUCCAGUCUUAACACAAUAUGUCAAAUUAGUCGAGGCUUCUUUAAAGGUCAGGCAUAUACUAACAUGUCAGUGUGCAACAGCAGGUGUAAUGUUCGUGUUCAAGACUAUCAUGCCAUUGUUAGCUGUAUCAGAUUUUUUUAUAGGCUCCAAAGAAAAAAUGGAUUUAGGUUGGGCUUGUAUGCGCUUAAUCUAUGUUGUUUCUAUGUUAGAAUCAGAACCUGAAGAAGAAAAUUCAAUCAUGGUGAUUAAAAAAGUAUUGGAUUUAUGUUUGCCCUAUAGUCCAACAUCAAUUGCUUCAUUAAUGAUUUUAAACAUAGCCUCUAUAGGAGAAAAGGAUUUUAUUAAAAUAAUGCAUAGUUAUCACAGUUGGACGAGUGGAGUUGGAAAAAGAAAUAUACAAUGUUUAAUAUUUGCAUUGUCCUUAUUAAAUUAUAUGAUCGAUAUCAAGUCACUUUCUACAGUUAAACAAGGAACAAAUACUGCAUUAUUUGAUCCUGAAAGAAGGCUCGCAGUUUUGUUAUCAUAUCGUUUGACUGUAUUUCAUAACAAAUUAAACACAUUAUCUCUUACUAUUCUUGGGACACUCGCAGAAAAACGAUUUGUUUCCUUCAGCCUUUCAAUGGGUUUUGACAACGACAAAAGAGCACAAAAAGAAAUGAUAUCUUAUUUAAAAUUACAUAGACUGCAUUCUAAUAAUAUUGUAAAAAUGUUAAAGUUCUUACAUAAUGCCAUUGCUUAUCAAUGUAAGAUGUUUGAAAUUAUUUUAAACAUUGAGUUACUUGAAAAAUGUAUUAAAGAUAAGAAACAAAUUGAAAAUAAUGAUGAUAGUAUAUUAUGGUUCAUUGAAGUUGAACUCGAGACCGAUGAUUUUAAACAAGAACAAGAAAAUAAUAUUUAUCUUGAAACACUCGGAAUUAUUCAUACUUUAUGGUACAACAGGUUUAAUUUAGCUAUGCAUUACUUACAACAAAACAAAAAUUUUUGGAAGUUAAUAUUUAAACCACUUUUUCAUAAUAAAAUGAUACCAGAAAUAAAUUCAGAAGUAUUUUCAAUUUUGUCACUUCAAGCCCAUUAUUGUCCUAUUGAAAGCAAUAAAGAAUUUGCAGAACAAUUGGAUAUUUUUUUGAAAACUAGAUUAAACAGCAUGUUAAAAGGAUUUUUACAUUUUUUUGAAGACAAUAAUGAUGCUCUAAUUGAUAUUAAACGAAAGUUAAUUUACUCUUGGAAGUUUUUUACUCUUCUGAUUUUAAAACACCGUGAUUCUGUUGUCAACAACAAACAUCUAGUUGUUGAAAAUAUUUUAAAAUUAUUUAUAAUUGAAUUGAAAAGUAAUGACAUAAGUUCAAUUGUUAGUUUGGGAGAAUCUUUACUGAUCAUGUUACAAAUGUGGAAGAAGACCUGUGUUAUGAAUUCUAAAUCAACCAUUAAUGAUGUACAAACAAUAUUAAAACUACUUAACGACAAUGAAUCGUUAUCAAAAAGCCAAACAUCAAAAACUUCAGUAUUGAUUGUAGUGAAUGAGAUCGUAAAUAUUAUACUUUUUAACGAUGCAGCUUUAACUGAAAAUGUUCCUAAAGAUGAAUUUAGUAAUGAAAUGUAUAGUAGUAUUUGUGAACUUGCUGAGAAUCAAUUGGAAAAUAUCAAUGAAACAGAUCAUGAAUAUCGAUCUAUUGUUACUAAUAUAAAAUUAAUAAACUCAUUAUUUUAUAAGAUCAUACCUAUAAUUAAUAGAUCAUCUACUAAUUUGCGUCAAUCAUAUAUUUUAACAAAUACUAUUUGUCAAAUGCUUAAAUUUGUGGACAAAUCCAAUAAAGAAAAUAAAAUUAAUUCUGUCACUGUAGAAGUAACUGAUUUUCUUCUGUAUUUAUCAUCGUUUAAGAAUUUUCAUUCGCAGUUUGGUACUCAGCCAUAUAUCAUAAAGCAUUUUUGCGCUGUAUGUUCUGCAAAAUUUACUGAAUUUGAUACUAAAUUUGAUGAUCCAAAACGGUUAUGUGUUUAUAAAAACUAUUUCAAAAUGCUUGUAAACUUCUUAAAUACUUGUGACCAUUGUGUAAAAAGAGAAGCAAUACAGCAAUUAACUUCAAUUUUCAAAGACUUGUCAAUAAUUUUAAAUUUUCCAAAGAAUAUGAAACUUACAACUCCUCAUUUAAACCUUGUACAGUCAGUUAUUAAAUUGAUGAACUUAAUUGUUUCAAAAGAAUAUUAUUAUCAUUGGCAAUCUGUUGGUGGUUCAUGUUAUAUUGCACUUGAAAAAAUUAUCGAAAAUAUUUGGGAUUGUGCUUAUGGUUCAUAUUUACAAUUAAAUGAUCCAGAUGCUUUAAUCAUAAGUAUCUUCAAAAAUGAAAAAGUACAAUUAAAUUUACCUGGUUGGAAAACUAGAGGAGAUUUAUUUACAGAAAACGAUUUGCUGACAAUUAGUACAACCAGAAAAAUACUUUUUGAAAUGUUGUAUUCUUGCAAUUCAAUUCUUGUGAGAAUCAUGAUCCCUCCAUAUGAAAUUGUAUCACUACUUCAAUUGGGCAUAAGUGAUGCAAGUGUAUUCAAGAAUAUUGUUAGCAAAGAAAUAAUUGUUGAUAAAAGGUUCAGUACAUUCUGUACCAUUGAUGGACUAAAUGAAAUGAUUGUAUUCCUUUCCGACAAAAUAACUAGACAUGGAGCUGUUUCCACUUCAUUGAUAUCAGCACUCAACGAAAGAUAUGUGUUAGAUGUAGAUUUAGCCAGUUUAAAUGAUGCUUUGGAACUAUGUGUAUAUACAUUCACCAGUCAACUUUUAAUGAAAGUAUCACAAAACAGUGAUAACAACCAACAAUUAUGUGAAAUCGCCGAGGUCGCCAAAAAUAUGAGUUUGCUUCUCUAUAGAACAAUAAGUAAAGAUGUUGAAGAUAAGAGGAUAACAUCAUUUGACAUCAGAUCACAACAAUCAAAUGGAGAUGGAUCAGAAAAUGUAUUAAUUGGUUUUAUGAAAUUACUAGAAUUUAUCAAAGAUAUCCACAGGAAUUCUACUACAUUCUCAAAAAAAGAUUUAUCAAUUACAGGAUAUUCAAUUUUAAGAUGA